AUGGCAGGCCUCGUCUCCGUCCCUUCCGUAGACAUUGAAUACAUCCCCAUCACCGCCGGCGAAACCUUCAAACUCGGCCCUCUAACCUGUCGAAUCCUCGAAGAUGGCUCUCAUACCGACAACCGCCUCGGCGUCGCCGAACUAACCAUGCCUCCCAAAACCCCCGGCCCCCCACCCCACUGGCACGAAAUGCACGACGAAACCUUCUACAUCACGGCGGGCACCGUCCGUUUCCACGUCCCAGACACCAGCGACCCCGCUGUCGAGGGGCGAGACAAGAAAGUGGUGGAUGCAGGCGUGGGGGAGUAUAUGGUUGUGCCAAUUCGGGCGCCGCAUACGUUUAGCAACCCCUUCGAUGAAGAGGCGAAGAUUCUGUUCACGAGUACGCCGAGUUUUUAUAUUAAUUACUUCAAGCUUUUGAGUCAGUUGGCGAAGCCGGAUCAGCCGGUGCCUGCGGAGGUGAAUAUGCAGGCGAUGGCCAUGUUUGCGACUGUGCUGGCUGAUAAGAAGCCGAGGAAGCCGGAGUGA